AUGCCUUCGCAAAAAGUGAUACCUCACUAUUCCGAACUCGUCGAGUACAAUUACGCCGUCGCCGGACACGAUGGAACAAUGUGCAAUACGGGCGGCGAGCUGUUCAUCAAGCCGUGCACCAAGUCCGAGAUCGAUUUCUACCAGUCGCUGCAGGAGCCUGACCACACGCGCAUGGCCGAGAUCGUCCCUCUCUUUAUCGGCAGCCUAUCACUCAACGAUGGGGCCGACCUGAAAUCAAUCAACGAGCAGCUUCCCGUCGUGGCCGAUAAUAUCAUUCCGGAGAUCAAGGAGCACAUACAGGAACUCGUGGGAGAACACCGCGAGGCGAAGGAGGCAGCCAUACCUACUGCAGUGGUGGCAGUGCCACCGCAGGAUACCUCUUCAACAGCAGCAGCAGCCCCAGUGGACAAUGUGACCUGGAUACCGAACCUGAACCGCAAGAUACCUACCAACACCGCCGUAGCGCUGGACAACGUCGCGUUUGGAUUCAAGCGGCCGAAUAUUAUGGACGUGAAGCUGGGCCGGAGGCUGUGGGCAGACGAUGCGCCACUCGAAAAGAAACGCCGGUUCGACAAGAUCAGCGCCGAGACCACACACCACGACCUGGGCUUCCGCAUUGCUGGCAUGCGCGUGUACAAAGGCUCCGAUAACCCCGACGACUUGGAUGAGGAGGACUACAAAAUCUAUGACAAGGACUUCGGUCGCAAUGAUGUUAACAAAAAUAAUGUGGUGGAUGCAUUCCGGCAAUUCAUCUACAACGCUGGCGCCGGCAUUGACGAUGACUACGCGCGCGCUGUCGCAGAAGCAUUCCGCAGGGACCUCGAGCAUGUGCGCGACGUCCUUGAGGGUGAAGAGAGCCGCAUGUACUCCUCCAGCCUACUGUUUAUCUUUGAGGGCGACGGCGAUGCCCUCAAGGCUGCCAUCGACGAGAGCAGCGGCAGCACGGUCAACUCUGUCAAAGGCAAGAAGGAAGGCAGCCUCCCCGGACGUACCACGAGCCGUAUUGAUAGUGGCAUUGGCUUGGACGACGAUGGCGAGAUCAUCUCCUAUGGCGCUUGCCCUACCGAUACGGCGUCCGAGUCUGACUCUGAUAUGGAACUUGAGCCAAAGAUCUGGAACCUGAAGCUCAUCGACUUUGCGCACGCCACGUGGACCCCAGGCCAGGGUCCUGACGACAACAUUCUAUUGGGCGUCAGGAGUUUGAUCAGCAUUUUCGAGGAGCUGUCACAGUGA